UUUGGUUGGGGUGCAAAUAACCUUGAACAAUCUAGUCUCACCCACUUGAAUAAGCGCAUCUUAUAUGUAACUCUUUUCGACUCUUCUCUGAGGCGAUAAGUCAGGAGACGCUGACUUAGUCAAACUAAAAAUUUCUCUUCGAUUCCUCUCUUAAUUUAGGUCAUGAGCUAAUAGAGGUGCAGCCAUAGAGUUUCAAGAAAUCAUCAUUAGAUUCGUCAAGCAAUAGUGAUCUUUGGAUUGUCAGGCUAAUAUUAGCGUAUGGGUGUGGUUCACUGAUAUGAUACCUAUCCACUCUGAUCUGAUCAACAAAGGAAAGGUGCGAGAGGUGUUUGAUCAAAUUGGGAAAUUUGUUGCAGCUGACACUCCAGCAGGAAAUUGGCAUGAAGCCAGGUUGAUGGCGCCACUGGGGUAACCACUUACAAGGAGAGUAGUCUUUAAUUCUAGUAAGAGGCCUUAUAUAAUGACUGCUUUCUACCCUAAGCUUCCUUUUCGUGCUUGCAAGAAGUGUUUUGUGCUGUAUCAUGAUGAGGCCAAGUGUAAGGAGAUUCAGUUAAGAAUUUUUGUCAGGGCUCUUCCAGCUCCCACUCCUCGUGCUACGCAUGUUACUGUUACUAAUGUAAAGUCGCAGGCUGAAAGGGGAGAAAGCUCAAAGACAAAGAUCUCUGCAAGUGAGCCAUUAAUCAGGGAUCAUUCAAGGCCUUCUGCCUUCUCUGUCAGUCUCCAGCCUUUGGGUAGCAUUGGUAACAGGAACUCAACCUUCUCUCCUCUAUUUUUUCCAUCUGCUUUACCUGCUGUGUCUGCCUUAACGAUAAGAGAACCUUUGAACCCUCAUAUUCCUGCUAAUUCUUCCCGAGUAUCUUCAUGUUUUGUGUCGCCUUUUGAUAAUUUUAGUUCGGGAGAUAAUGGUAAUGUGCAUGACCGCAAAGGUAAACGACCAAGAAUUGUUUUUGAAUCUGUCUAUUUGGAGGCUAGCUCUUUUUCUUCGUCCUCUGCAAUGAUGCCGACUCCAUGUUGGCCUCCUCUUUCAUCUGCUCCUGCAUUUUCUCCUCCAGCGGACUCUUCAUUCAAUAUUGGAAGCUUAGGUUCUCAAUCAAGUAUGAGUUAUGUGGUUAGUAAUGUUUGUUGGGCUACUUCUUGUUCAACAUUCUCUCAGACUGUUGUACCAUCAUCAAGUUAUGCCUGCAGUUCAGUUUCUGAAAUGAACUUAUUCACUGAUGGUUUCAUCCCACCUAGCUUUGAACAUGAACUUUUGAGUGUACCUUCUCAGACUGAAGAUUUCAAGGAUGCUAUUAUUCUAGAACCAUUACCAUUAGCCUCUCUACCACCGGAACCGGUUAUCACUGAUGAGGAAUUUGAAAGAGAAGUUGAUCUCAUGAUGAUGGAUGAUGACUCUAUGGCUGAGGAUCCCUCCACAGCUCAUGACCCUGAAAAUGUACAACACAAAUCAUACAGUUAGAGAUGAUCAAGGAAGUUGGCUUGAGGACAGAGAUCAAAUAGUUCAGCUGCUCUCUAUGCAUUUCAAGAAAAUUUCUUCUACUUCCAGUCCUAGAAUUGAUGAUAUUGAGGAAGCCUUACGGUAUGUUAACCCCAUUAUUAAUGAUGAAAUUAAUGCUAUUUUGAUUGCCAUCCCCACCCCUAAAGAAAUUCGAGAUUCUGUUAAUAACCUUGCUUCAUGGAGCUCGCCGGGGCCUGAUGGUUUUCAGGCUGGUUUCUUUCAGGAUAACUGGGAGAUAGUGCAAGAUGA